AUGUCGAAAACAGGCAAUGGCCUGGCAGACGUUCUGCCCGCCAUUGACGGCGUAGAGCCCGCGCCGCAAGACUUUGCCGACCUCCCCGACGUACAUCUUCGCAGUCGGCCGGUGGACUUGUAUCGCGUGCACGUCGCCAAGAUUCUUGCCCAACUAACGGGGUGCGCCCCGGCCGUGGCCUACGAUGCCGUGCAGUCCACGACGGCGUUGGCCAAGGGCGACUUGGUGGUGCCCGUGCCGCGACUGCGCUUAAAAGGCAAAAUCGACGAGCUCUGUGCCGAUGUGGCGGCCCGUUUUCCGGACACCCAUCCGCUCUUUGCCAGGCCGGUGCCGACGGGCAUUCACCUCCCCAUCUACCUGCGCCCGCGUCCGCUUGCGCAGUACCUGCUUCCCUACCUGUUUGAGCGCAGCGCCCUGUACGGGCACGACCACACAGAGGGUGCCGCCAAACCGAAGCGCGUCCUCGUCGAGUUCUCGUCGCCCAACAUUGCCAAGGAGUUCCACGCCGGGCAUCUGCGCAGCACCAUCAUCGGGGCCUUUAUUGCGAACCUGUACGCAUCCAUGGGGUGGGACGUGGUCAAGAUCAACUACCUCGGCGACUGGGGCAAGCAGUUUGGCCUGCUGGCGGUGGGCUGGAAACGGUACGGUUCCGAGGCGGAACUGGCCCGCGCGCCGCUGCGGCACCUGCUGGAAGUCUAUGCGCGGAUCAACAAGGACUUUGAGCCCGAACAAGAAGCGAGCAAAAAGGCGCGCGAUGAAGGACGCGACACGGCGGAGAUUGAGUCCCAGGGCCUGUUUGCGGAGCGUAACGACUUUUUCCGCCGCAUGGAAGACGGCGACGACGAGGCAUUGGCGCUGUGGAGGCGGUUUCGCGACAUCAGCAUCGACCGCUAUGUCGCCACGUACGCGCGCCUCAACAUAGCUUUUGACGAGUACGCGGGCGAGUCGCAGGUGCAGCCGGAGUCGCUCCAGGCCGUGGAGACGCUGCUCAAGGAAAAGGGCGUCUACGAGGAAGAGAACGGGUCGUGGCUGAUCGACUUCAAGAAGCAUGGUGCCAAGGCCCUGGGCGUCGCGGUGGUCCGCGGCCGGACAGGCACCACGACGUAUCUGCUCCGGGACGUCGGUGCCGUCCUCGAGCGCGAGACAAAGUACAGCUUCGACAAGAUGAUCUACGUCGUCUCCUCGGAGCAGGAUCUGUACUUUCAGCGCAUCUUCAAGGUGCUCGAGCUCAUCGGCCGGGCCGAUCUGGCGGCGCGCGUGCAGCACGUCAACUUUGGCAAGGUCAUGGGCAUGUCGUCGCGCCUGGGCAACGUCAAGCUGCUGAGCGACAUCCUGGACCAGACGGCCGACGCCAUGCACGACGUCAUGCGUCGCAACGCGACCAAGUACGCGCAGGUCGACGACCCGGCCGCCGUCGCCGACACGGUCGGCAUCGCCGCCGUCAUGGUGCAGGACAUGACCGGCAAGCGCAUCAACAACUACCCCUUUGACAUCAAGCGCAUGACGUCCUUUGAGGGCGACACGGGCCCGUAUUUGCAGUACUGCCACGCCCGCCUCUGCUCCCUCCUGCGCAAGGCCGGCCUCGCGAGGGCCGACCUGCACAGCGCGGUCCGCGAGCGCGGCCCCGCGGUCCUGGCCGCCCUGGGCCCCGACCUCGACACGCCCCACGGCGCCGACCUCGUCCGUCUCAUGGCCCAGUACCCCGACGUCACGUCCACGGCGUUGCGCAACCUCGAGCCCUCGACCAUCUUGACCUACCUGUUCCGCCUGGCCCACCAGCUGUCGUCGGCUUACGACGUCUUGCAGGUCGUCGGUGCCGACACGCGCGAGAGCAUGGUUGCUCGUGCCGUCGUCUACGAGAGUGCGCGGCAGGUCUUGGAGAACGGCAUGCGUCUGCUCGGCCUCACCCCUGUUGAAAGGUAUUGUCGUCCCUCCUACAUUCUCAAAGACAGCUGA